GCUCGCGCGAAGGCUGAUGGCAGACAAACCAAGUCACGUGAUAUCAAAUACAGUUUAAAGGCUCUCCAAAUAUAGCUAGCGUACACGUGCAAGACCAUCGGCCUUCGCCGAGCAACGAUCUUCGGAGGGCAGCGUCGGUAUAUGGACAAGAUACCAGUCUUGGAAAGAGAGUGCUUGUUGGUUAUCUAAUCUCGCUGUGCCAUUCCAGAAGCCGUCAAAGGAGCUGGGGACAGAGAUAGCGCUGCGAAGGGUGCCAGGGGUUUGUUCUAUUGAUCGUUGCUGUUAACUUCCCACGCGUGCACUCACAGCAGGGAAGCCGAGCACGGAAUAGACGAGACCGGCACACGCGCGACAGAAACGAGCUGUUAAUCACCUAACUCAUGACAUUAUCGGAGAAGACAUCCUUACUAGACCCAGGGCGAUCCACGCGACCCGCAGACGACGAUAUAGAGGAGAUCACCCAGCUUUCUCCGCAUUCGAGCUACGAUUCGAUGUCGAGUUCGACAUUCAAGCGGAAGAUAACCGCAGCCGGGGAGGCCGAAGCAGAGAGUUUCUGGCAAGGAGGGACGGUUGGCGAGGAAGCAGCUGGACUGCUGGAGCAAAGUGUUCUUGCGGACGAGGACUUGACGGCGACGGUUGUCGAGAUCGAUCCUGAGCUCGAGCGGUCGAUAUGCCGGAAGCUCGACUGGCGACUUCUUCCAGCGCUGAGUCUUAUGUACCUUUUCAACUCCCUCGACAAGAGUAACCUUGGGAAUGCCAAAACCGACGGGAUCGAUAUGGAUCUUCACUUUCGCGGCAACCAGUACAAUCUGCUGCUAUCGAUAUUCUACGUGCCCUACGUCCUAUUUGCUCUCCCUCUUACUCUGGCGGGAAAGAAGUACGGCGUGACCCGCGUGCUUCCGUUUCUGAUGUUUGGUUUCGGUCUGAUGUCACUAGCAUCUGCCGCAUGCCAGAACUGGGGAAGCUUGAUGGCUGUCCGCUGGUUUUUGGGCACGUUUGAGUCUGCGUUCUUCCCGCUCGUUGUGUUUUACCUGACGACUUUCUAUCGUCGUGGCGAGCUUGCGCGACGGCUGGCGGUCUUUUACGCGGCCUCGAACGUCGCCUCUGCCUUCUCAGGUCUCCUGUCGUUUGCGGUUUUCCAGAUUCAAGAUUCUCCUUUGGAAGGAUGGCGCUGGCUUUUCAUUAUUGAAGGUGGGUGCACUGUCUUUGCUGCCCUGGGGGCGUGGGCGUUCCUGCCACGAGAUGUAUCGUCGGCAAAGUUCUUGACCGAGGAGGAACGAGCAUUGGGUUUCCUACGCGUGCAGAGCGACUCGUCAGCUGUCGUGAACGAGCCGCUGAAAAUCAAGGAGGCUUUGAAAGUGUUUGCACACCCGGUCGCAUGGGGGUGGCUGAUUCUCGAGGUCAGCCUCGGAGUGCCGCUUCAGUCUGUGACUGUGUUUCUACCGCAGAUUGUCGAGCGACUGGGGUAUUCUACGGUCAAGACUAAUCUGUACACGGUAGCUCCCAACAUUAGCGGAGCAGUGGUUUUGCUGCUUUUAGCAUUUAUGUCGGAUAAAUACCGCCUGCGAUCGCCGUUCAUUGCGAUAGGAUUCCUGCUGCCGGUGCUGGGAUUCAUCAUCUACCUCGCGAUCAGCGACGUGAACGCGCAUUUGAACGUGGCGUACUUUGCCUGCUUUCUGAUGACUGCGGGUAUUGCCGCGCCCUCGGUUCUGCUAUCGACCUGGUUUUCAAACAAUAUCCCGUCCGAGGGCCAGCGCGCGGCGCUUACGGGCGUCGGAGUCCCGCUUGCGAACCUGAUGGGCCUUGUAUCGGCGAACGUGUUUCGGGAGCAGGACAGGCCGCGGUAUGUGCUGGCGCUGACAGUGACGGCUGCGUUUGGGGUUUUGGGGGUGGUUGUGAGUAGUGCGAUGGGUGCGUGGAUGAAGUACGAUAACAAUAGACGCGAUAGAAGGCAGAACGCGUGGGUUAGAGGGGAGGUUGCGACUAUGGUCUUGAGCGAGGGGCCAGCUCAUCCGGGCUUCAGAUGGUUCAUUUAAUGAGGGGAUAUAUGUGGAGUAUGGUAGAUGAUGAAGUGAUGACCAAGCUGUUGUUGAUGAUAAAUCUAAUGAAAGUUGAUUGAUGUAUGUUUCAG